AUGUCGGAAAGAACUCCGUUAUUACAUUACCGGCUGACCACCAGCACCGGCCCGGAGCACCGGCCGGCAGGUGUGUCCCACCGGACCGGGCUGCGGUCAGGAGGCGGGCGGCAGAGCCCGACCCGGAAGCUCGGGGUGAUGUUCGGAGUGGUCAUCCCGACCUUACUGUCCAUGUUCAGCGUCGUGGUGUUCCUGCGGAUUGGGUUUGUUGUGGGUCAGGCCGGACUGUACCACUCCAUCGCCAUGUUUCUGGUGGCCUAUUUCAUCAUCACAAUGACCGUCUUUUCAAUUUGUGCCAUCUCCACUAACGGGGCUUUGGAUGCCGGUGGUGCCUACUACAUGAUCAGCCGGGCCCUGGGUCCAGAGUUCGGCGGCAGCAUUGGGAUCAUGUUUUUUCUGGCCAACAUUUGUGGCUGUGCUCUUUAUGUUUUGGGUUUAGUUGAAGCCAUUUUGUCCACCUUUGGGGAGCCAGAAGAGGGCGCUGUAGCUGCUGUAGGUUUUCAUCAGGCGCUGCCGUCAGGAUACUGGUGGUGUCUGCUGUACGCCACCAUCCUGCUCUUUUUAUGUUUUGUUGUCUGUCUGGUGGGGGCCGGCAUUUAUGCCAAAGCUACGUUUGUUAUUUUCAUCAUAGUGGUGAUGGUCCUGGUCUCCAUCUUCGUCAGUUUUUUCGUUAUGGAGCCCACGGUGGUGGUUCUACCAGAAACGUCUCUAAUGGACAACGCCAGCAUAUGGACUGCUAAUUAUACUGGCUUCUGGCUCAGCACAUUGAAGGGCAACCUGUUCUCUGAUUACACCGUGGACUACACCACUGGCAGUGUGAUGAAUUUUGCCAGUGUUUUUGCAGUCUUGUUCAACGGCUGCACAGGAAUCAUGGCGGGCUCUAACAUGUCAGGUGAUCUGAAAAACUCCAGCUUUUCUAUCCCCAGAGGAACGCUCGCAGCUGUUUUUACAACCUUCAUCACAUACGGUCUGCUGAGUGUGCUGGCUGCGUGGACCUGCGACCGGUUAGACAUGCAGUUAGAUGCACAUCUGAAAAUGCACGCAGUUCUUGCACAAUUAAACAGCACUUCUCUCAUCACACCUAGUUACCUUCUCCAAAGGGACUACAGUUUUCUGAGCAACAUAAAUGUAUGGCCUCCUAUGGUGACCGUCGGUAUCUACUCCUCCGCUGUGUCUGCUGCCAUGAGCAACCUCAUAGGAGCCUCCAGGAUCCUGUAUGCUCUGUCCAAAGAUGACUUGCUGGGCAGGGCCCUGGCUCUGGCGAAGAAAACCUCUCGAACCGGGAACCCCUGGGUUUCUGUGCUCAUUUCCUGGUUGCUAGUGCAGGUGGUGCUGUUUGCUGGUAAAUUGAACACCAUUGCUGGCAUUGUAACCAUCUUCUUCUUGCUGGUGUACGCUGCUUUAAAUCUGGCCUGUUUAGCUCUUGAAUGGGCCUCUGCUCCAAACUUCAGACCCUCUUUCCGUUGCUUUACUUGGCAUACCUGCACUCUGGGGUUCUUGGGAUGCCUGGUCAUGAUGUUCUUGAUCAGCUCCAUUCAUGCGUUUGCCAGCAUGGCGUUCAUGCUGCUCCUCCUGAUGCUCAUACAUCACCUGGGGCCCAUCAGCAACUGGGGCUUCAUCAGCCAAGCUCUCAUUUUCCAUCAGGUACGCAAGUAUUUGUUGAUGUUGGAUGUACGUAAAGACCAUGUGAAGUUCUGGAGGCCGCAGGUGUUGCUGAUGGUUAAAAACCCUCGCACCUGCACGGGUCUUAUGACUUUCAUCAACGACUUGAAGAAGAGUGGCCUCUACGUGCUGGGGCAUGUGAAGCUGGGAUUGCUUGAUGGUUUGACUUCUGAUCCACUGCAGAGCUGUUAUGACUCUUGGCUGUCCUUGGUGGAUCAUCUAAAGAUCAAAGCGUUUGUUAACCUAACUCUGGCCGACUCUGUCCGACACGGAGUCCAAAAUCUGCUUUUCAUCUCAGGCUUUGGUGGAAUGAGACCAAACACCCUCAUUUUGGGUUUCUAUGAUGAGUGCACACCUGAAGACAAUCUCUCCGAUGAAACUCUUCCAUCUGCAGCCCUUGGCUUGGAUAAAGCUUGUCCAACCAUGGACCCUGGAGAUCAAACCUCCCCCUUCUUUCCUCCUGUACGGGGAGAUGAGGACUCCAAAGACCUGCAGGAAGAGGAAUAUGUGUCUAUAAUUGCUGAUGCUGUAAAAAUGGGAAAGAAUGUAGCUCUGGCUCGUUAUUUCAACCAGUUCAAUCGCAAUGAAAUUUUAGGUUUGGGAAAAAAACUCUGUGUCAAAGAAGGCAUCACAGAGUUAUUUGUGGACGUAUGGCCUCUAAAUCUGCUCAAUCCAGACAGCCACGGGUAUGUCAAUGUCUGCUCGCUGUUCCUGCUGCAGCUGGCCUGCGUGCUUCGUGAAACCCGGGCCUGGAAUCAGGCAAAGCUUCGCCUCUUCCUGUGUGUGGAGGCUGGCUGCAGCCUGCAGAAAGGCGAGAUGAAGAAGGUCCAGAGGAUGCUGAAGGAACUCAGGAUAUCUGCUCAGGUACAUGUGGUGGCUUGGGACCAGGUAGUGGCGCUGCACUGGCAGAGAGGAGGAGGAGGGAGGGGGCAUGAAAACCUGGGGGAGAAUUCACAGGAUGACGACGACGACGAUGAGAGGGUGAGGCAAGAAGGUGAGCAGCAAGAUGCUAUCCAGUCGUUCCCCCACAUAACGUCUCAUUUGACAGAUGAAUUUAUCUGCGCUGUUAACAGCCUGAUCUGCCGACAUGGCUCUCCUAAACCAGCUGUGUGUUUCCUGUAUUUGCCGCACCCCCCAACAGACAUGAGCUGUUAUCACACCUACCUUCAUCAGAUGGACCUGUUGAGCAGGAAUCUUGGUCCAACGUUGCUCGUGCACGGAAUCACUCCUGUGGUCACAACAGACUUCUAACAUUUUAUGCACAACUUCUUAAUUUAUUGACCAGCGUUAAACACUUGAAGGCCUUGUGGCAGCAAAUUAUCCGUAGGUUUAAAACCAGAACACGGAUGCUACCAAACCUGUUUUAUUCUUGAGUUGAGCCCAAAUUUCACAUUUUUUGGAA